CCUUAGCAUUCUGUGGUAUUCUGCAAAUAGGAACACAGCUGAUAUAGAGAGAAAAACUAUUAGGAGCAUCCGAAAUUUUUGAUACUUAUUUUAGCAAAAGCAGCUUCUAAAUCUAUGUUCAACCCACUGAGUUUUGAAAAAUAGUUGCUUAAAAAUGAAAAUUCGUUAUAAUACAUUCGACAUAGUAUGUGUCGUAACGGAAUUGCAAAAACUUGUUGGAAUGCGAGUAAAUAACGUUUACGACAUAGACAACAAAACCUAUUUAAUCAGAUUGCAGCGCAAUGAAGAGAAAAGCGUUCUACUUUUUGAAUCUGGAAAUCGAAUUCAUUUAACCAAUUUUGAGUGGCCGAAAAAUGUUGCUCCAUCUGGUUUUAGUAUGAAAUUGCGUAAACAUUUAAAAAAUAAACGACUAGAAAAGCUGUCUCAAAUUGGAACUGACAGAAUAAUUGAUAUGCAAUUUGGUUCGGGAGAAGCUGGAUAUCAUGUGAUACUAGAACUUUAUGAUAGAGGAAACAUAGUACUUGCAGAUUAUGAAAUGAUAAUAUUAAAUGUUUUACGGCCGCAUACGGAAGGAGAUAAAGUUAGGUUUGCCGUUAGAGAAAAAUAUCCAGAGAAUAGAGCUAGAGAAACUGCAGGAUUAACCCAAGAAGUAAUAAUAAGUAUACUAGAAAAAGGCAAAAUAGGAGAUCAGGUUAAAAAAGUACUCAUUUCAAAUUUAGAUUAUGGACCAGCUCUAAUUGAACAUGUAUUGUUAAAACAAGGAAUUACAAAUGCCACUAAAAUAGGAAAAAAUUUUAACUUGAAUACAGAUUCUCAUAAAAUUUUCAUUGCCAUUUGUGAAGCAGAUAGUAUCUUCCAGAAAGCAAAAAAUGAAUGCUUUAAGGGAUUCAUUAUUCAAAAGAAAGAGGAACGUGCUAUUACUGAGACAAACAAGGACUCUGAGUUUUAUUCUAACCAGGAAUUCCAUCCCAUGUUAUUUGAACAACAUUCUGCAAUGCCUUAUAAAGAGUUUGGUACAUUUAAUUUGGCAGUUGAUGAAUUCUUUUCCUCUUUGGAGAGUCAAAAAUUAGAACUAAAAGCUGUGCAGCAAGAAAGGGAAGCUUUAAAAAAAUUAGAAAAUGUUAAAAAGGAUCACACCCAAAGAUUAGUGGCGCUAGAAAAAGUUCAGGAAGUUGACAAACAAAAAGCAGAAUUGAUCACCAGAAAUCAAGAAUUAGUGGACAAAGCAAUUUUAUCUGUACAAAUGCUUCUAGCAAAUCAGUUAUCUUGGGAAGAUAUAGAAGAUGUGGUAAAGGAUGCAUCAGCAAAGGGGGAUCCAAUAGCUGGAAGCAUUAGAAAUUUAAAAUUAGAAAUGAAUCACAUUAGUUUAUUCCUGGAUGAUCCCUAUGCCGAGUUUCCCAGUAGUGAUGUUUCAGACAGUGAAGCUAAUGAUAAUAUUCCGUCAAUGUUAGUUGAUGUUGAUUUGGCCCUGACAGCAUUUGCAAACGCACGAAGGUAUUAUGAUCAAAAACGUACUGCAGCCAAAAAGCAACAGAAAACUAUUGAAUCGCAAACAAAAGCUUUGAAGUCUGCAGAAAGGAAGACUCAACAAACACUGAAAGAUAUGCAGACAAUUACUAAUAUAAAUAAGGCAAGGAAAGUGUAUUGGUUUGAGAAAUUUUUUUGGUUCAUAAGUUCAGAGAAUUAUUUAGUGAUUGCGGGACGUGAUCAACAACAAAAUGAGUUGAUUGUUAAACGUUAUUUAAAAGCAACUGAUGUCUAUGUUCAUGCCGAUAUUCACGGAGCAAGUAGUGUCCUAAUUAAAAAUCCUAGUGGUCAACCAGUACCUCCCAAAACUCUAAAUGAUGCCGGUACUAUGGCUAUAUGUUACAGUGUCGCUUGGGAAGCAAAGGUUAUCACUAAUGCCUAUUGGGUAUGGGGCGAUCAAGUUAGUAAAACGGCGCCAACUGGAGAAUAUCUAUCCACAGGUAGUUUCAUGGUAAGGGGAAAAAAGAAUUUCUUACCGCCAUCUCAUUUGAUCCUUGGAUUUAGUUUUCUCUUUAAAUUGGAAGAUGGUUGCAUUGAAAAACAUGCAGGUGAAAGAAAAGUGUUGACUCAAGUUGAGGAAGAUGCGCUGAACCAAGUUGCAGAUGAGGUCAGUAAAGAAGAAGUUGAACUUGAUGUUUUGGACGAGAGUGACGAGGAUGAGUUGAAAAAAGAAAAAGAGAAUAUGUUUAACGCACAAACUGACUUAGAAGUGACAGUUGCUGUUGCUGAUAUAUCAGAAGUAAAAAGUGAAAGCUCUUCAGAUAGUGAAGAAAAGUCGAAUUUUCCUGAUACUCAAAUUAAAAUUCAACAUUUUGAGGGAACUAAACGAAAUAUUUUAAUAGAACCAACAAUAAGAGAGGAGCCUAAAAAUGAACCGGGCAUUUUUUAUCUUGGUGAUAAUAAACCAGUUAUUUUGAAACAAAAUAAUUCUCGGAGCAGAACCAGCAGUCAUUCAAGUAGUAAGACAGAAAAGGACCAACCAAAAAGAGAGGCGGAACAGUCAAACAGACAACAACAGUCUAAACGCGGUCAAAGAAGCAAACUCAAAAAGAUCAAAGAAAAAUACAAAGAUCAAGAUGAGGAAGAGAGAGAGUUAAGGAUGAAUAUUUUGCAGUCCUCUGGUACAGGAAAAGAGACCAAGAAAUCGAAAAAAGGCAAAGAAACACAUACAAAACCGGCGAAGAAACCGCAACCAGCUCCUCGUUUGGCAGAACCAAAAGAAUCUAAUGAUGUAAAUGACGAUGAUGAACCCACGGUCCAAGCUGAGGUGGAUAUGAUAGAUUCAUUGACAGGAAUUCCAUUCGCGGAUGACGAACUGUUAUUUGCUGUGCCUGUGGUCGCGCCAUAUAAUACGCUUUCUAAUUAUAAAUUCAAAGUGAAGUUAACACCAGGGACUGCCAGAAGAGGCAAGGCCGCUCGUACAGCGUUGACGAUGUUUUUGAAAGAUCGCGGUAUUACACAAAGGGAAAAGGAUCUCUUAAAAGCGGUCAAGGACGAGCAGUUGGCUCGGAAUCUUCCCGGUAAAGUUAAACUAUCCGCCCCAAAAAUGCAAGCCCUCAGGAGAUAAUAGGUGAAAUUAUUUUCCUAAAUGGUUAUUGUGAUUGAUUUUGUAUUGCGGUUUUUAAAAUAAAUGUUAUUGUUCUUGAAA